AUGGAUCACCCUCAAGCUCCGUGUGGUGGUGGCUGCCCGCCCUAUGGCUCUGCCUCACAGGGGCCCCCCCAGUGGCCUGGGUCGCAGCCGCUGCCGCAGCAGCCGCAGCAGCAGCAGCUGGCCCCGUCGGGGGCCUCGGUGUGGCCGGGACAAGCCCCCCCCCAGGCGCCACCGUGUUGGUCCGGACAGCCCAACACACCCUGCUGGAACGGGGGCCAACCCGCGCCGGCUCCUCAACCCACCUUCCCGGGCCCUUACCCGGCCUCUUAUCCGGCGGCCUACCCGGCCCCGGGGUACCAACCAGGCUACCCCGGUUCUUACCCGGCCCCCGGGGGCCCUAUGGCCCCUCAGCCGGCGCUCGCCCCCCAGCCCGCCCCGACCCCUGCCUCUGCCCCGGGGCAGCCCUGCCACCCGUGCUGGCCGGGGCCCCAGUACCAGCCCCAGCAGCCCCAGAUGCAGCCCCCCAUGCAGCCCAUGCAGCCCCCGGCCCCCCCACCCGUCCCGGCCCCGGUCUCCACCCCGGUGCCCAACCCGGUCCCGGCCCCCAGUCCGUCCCCCUCUGUGGCGCCGGGGCUCCAGCCCAGCGUGCCGGGGUGGCCCGCCCCCCAGAGCUGGAACCCGGGCUACAACCCCGGGCAGCCCGGCUGGCCCGGCCAGAACCCCUCCAUAAUGCCCCCGCACUGGCCCCUCGCGCCCACAUCAGGACCCCUGAGCGUCCCGUACAACCUCAACCUGUCCCGCGGAAUCUACGACAAGAUGAUGAUAACCAUAAAGGGCCACGUCAAACCCAACGCUAAAAUGUUCACGGUGAACUUCCUCCGAGGCUACGACAUCCCCUUCCACAUCAACCCCCGCUUCAGUGAGGGGGGCAAGCAGGUGCUGGUGCGGAACCACAAGGUGGGCGAGCGCUGGGGCAAGGAGGAGAGGGACCUGAAGGGCCCGUUCCCCUUCGCCCCCGGGAGCUCCUUCGAGAUGAAGAUCCUGUGCACGUUCGAGGAGUUCCGCGUGGCUGUGAACAACAUCGCGCUGUUCGAGUUCACGCACCGCGUGCGCGAGCUCAACCAGAUCGACCGCAUCAACAUCCUGCACGACGUGGUGCUCACCUACGUCAAUGUGGAGACGCUCCCCUAGGACAGCGCUGUGUCACUAUAAUAUUAUAUAUACAUAUAUGUAUCGAAACUUAAUCUAUGUUUUACAAAUGCAUGUGAGCGUUUUAUAAUUUAGUCUCCUCCAGAAGCGCACAGACCGCGCAUGCGCUAACAAAGACGUUCAAGUCAGACGCUAGAAGGGCUGAACAUAUUUAACCGUUAGAUUAUGUUAUCAUCAUAAUAGACUGCCGGAUACUUUAUGAGCUGAGCUCAUUUCAAGAUGUACUGCUGCAAGCUCAUUUCUCUGUGAAAAUAACUAUUAAUUAGGCCUGCUGAGUUUUACAAUUCGACUGUCUAUUCUAACAUUUACAUUUAUAGUGUGUAAUAUUCCCAAACUGCAACAGAUUAGCUCUCAACAAUGGUUUAGGAUAUACUUCCUGAAUAACACAAUCUAGUGGAAAUGUUGUUUUGAAUGGAAUGUGUAACCUAAUAUAGAAUAGGAAAAUAAAUAGAAGUACAUUUAAAGUCUGUUUUAUUUUUCUCUUGAGUCUUCCAAUGGACAAUCCAAUGGACAAAAAACAGAGGCUGCAUAACAUAUGCAAUUGACUACUUUCCAAAGAAAAGCUCAUAAGAUAUUCACAUUCAGGGAUCCUAUUUUAAAAACAAAGAACCAUAGCAGAAUAGGCUAAUUGUGAACGUAACCUGACACCCUGAAACUUCAUCCUCUUAUGUGUUUGACACUGGCUCUAUCACAACGGAACUGCGGACACUGGGAUUCAACCCAAAACACGGUUGGUUUAGCUUGUAUUGGUUUGAUAAACGUCAGUACCUGGUAGUGCCAAUGCUUGUAUAGGGGUCAUUGACUAUUGACAGACAUUGUUACAUGAAACAUCUGACUGAGCAGGGUAGACCGGAUUAACCGGCAUGAGCUCACUAUAGUUUUCUUAAUUAAAAAAAUAUUUCUAUAUAUUUAUUAAUUUAUUUUAAUUAAAUACGUGUCCACCGAGACCAAUACUUAUGUG